AUGAGUAUGAUGGGUGAAGGUAUUUCUUCACAGGUUGACGGUGAAAAACAAACAAGAAAGAAAAUGGUAUAUUUGAGCAGUCGUUGUGGCGUACAAGAAUUUUGUGGACUCGUAGAAAGUUUAUCUGAUGAUAAAAAGGUCAUUCUAGAUAUGGGAUUUGGAAGGCUCUUGCAUCUGAAAAAGCAUAAAUUGAAGAUGCAACUUCUUGAGGACCUUAUGAUGAGAGGGUAUAAAAGAUUAUCAAAACAAAUCGGAUGGAGCAUCAAGAGAUCAACACGUGACUGGUUGUGUUUUAUUACUUUAGAUAUUUUACCUAGAGCACGCGGAGUUGAUUGCAUACAGGUGGGAUUUGGCGGAGAUGCUGGUAGUUGUUUCAAAAUUGAGGAUAUUAAAGUAGAAAUUGGUCUAUUGAGAAAUGAGUUCCAAAAAGAUAUGCAUUCUACGAAGUCACAAUUAGGUGAAUUGAAAAAGGAGAUGUUUGAUGCCAUGUCACAAAUAAUCACAACUUUGGGCACUAUUCAAAGUCAGUUGCAAAGUGGAGGUCCAAAAAUAAUCAUAGAGGAUGAGCCGACAAAUGUGCAUGUUUUUACAAGAAAACAAGAGGAAGUUAGGAUUGAUGCGAAUGGUACGAUCAAUGGAGACAAGAAAAGCGGAGACAAUCUGACUACAAUUGAAGAUUCAACUAAUCUUUAUGAUAAGUUGAAUAACAUAGUCCAUGAUUUAACGAAAAAAGAAGAUAAUAUAGAGCUUUCAGAUGAUGCAAGCUCACCUCUACAAUUAUCAAAAGCUAAGAGAAACCACCUGGGAAAGCAAGGAAACAAGACAACUGAUGCAAUUCCAUCUCAAAAUGAAAAGAAAAUAAAGGCAAAUCAACAUGAGGAAGAUGAAACAGAUUCAUUUGAGAGACUUAUGGCUGGAGUAAAUCAAAAGAUUCGAUCAAGAGAGGAUUCAAACAUGGGACUUCGAAAGAAAGACGUACUCAAAGCCGGUCCACAAUUUCAGUUUCCUUAUGUGGCCACCAAACCAGCGGUAAGAGGUCGGGGUAGACAACAAGGUCCUAAACAGCAAGGUACUAAAAAAGGCGGUCGAUCAAAAAAAAAAAAAAAGAUGAUGAUUGGGAGAAUAAGUUCAAAAUCAAAGAAAUUGACACAGAUCCGGUAA